UGGGGCCUGUAAAUUAAAAAGCACCAGUAGCUGGAAAAAAGUUACUGCUUCUCCUUGCUGCAGGACACUACAAAGAAGCUGUACAAAAGAGUGUUUGGACCAGACAGUAAUCAGUAUUGAGUGAAGCACUUAUGGACAACCAAAGUGGUAGGCCAAAAAAUCAACAGGCCAUGACUGCAGAUUUCAAACAACUUCCUAACAGAACCAAACUGAAGAAAGGUGGUCUUCCAUCACCUUCCGUACUACCAUCUUUAGAAGCUUUUGCAGUACCUCUCCCACCAGAAUUAGAAGAUGAAGAUUUUCCUGUGUUGGAGAACACAACUGAGAAAAAACCUAACUAUGAGCAGGAGUUCAAGAAACUGUAUGACGGAGAACAGGACAAGCAGGCAACAGAACAUACGUUGUACAACCAAUAUGAGGAAAAGAUCCGACCCUGCAUUGAUCUCGUUGACAGCCUAAGAGCUCUCGGAAUAGAAAAAGACCUAGCUUUGCCUGCAAUCGCAGUGAUCGGAGACCAGAGCUCUGGGAAAAGCUCCGUCCUAGAAGCCCUGUCUGGUAUUGCUCUUCCUAGGGGCAAUGGUAUUGUUACUCGAUGUCCCUUGGAACUUAAACUGAAAAAAACACCUGCCACCCAGGCAUGGAAAGGGAAAAUCUAUUACCGCAACAUCAGCACAGAGCUCCAGAAUGCCUCUGAGGUGGAGAGGGCAAUAAGAGAAGCCCAGGAUGUUGUGGCUGGUACUAGAGGUGCUAUUAGUGGAGAACUAAUUUCCCUAGAGAUUCGGUCCCCAGAUGUCCCAGAUCUGACGCUAAUUGAUCUUCCUGGAAUUGCCAGAGUGGCCGUCGGAGAUCAGCCAAGAGACAUUGGGGAACAGAUCAAAAUGCUACUUAAAAAAAUUAUUGGCUGCAAAGAGACACUCAAUUUGGUAGUGGUGCCAUGUAAUGUGGAUAUUGCAACAACAGAAGCACUGAAAAUGGCUCAAGAGGUGGACCCCAGUGGAGAAAGAACACUAGGGAUCCUCACGAAACCCGACCUGGUGGAUAGAGGAACAGAAGAGUCUGUCAUUAACAUAAUACGAAACCUCGUCAUCCCCCUCAAAAAAGGUUACAUGAUCGUGAAGUGUCGUGGACAGCAGGACAUCCACAACAAACUGUCCUUGGCCACUGCGAUCCAGCAGGAGAGAAAAUUCUUUGAGACUCACAAACACUUCAGUAUUCUUAUGGAAGAAGGAAAGGCUACUAUCCCUUGUCUGGCAGAGAAGCUCACAAAUGAACUUGUGAGGCAUAUUAUUAAAAAUUUGCCAACUCUAGAGAACCAAAUACGUGAGGUGCUCCAGAAAACUGUACAGGAUCUACAAAAGUAUAGAAAAGGCACACCCAGAGCAGAGUCUGAGAAGCUAAUUUUCCUCACAGAUUUGAUCAAACUCUUUAAUGAAGACAUCUCUCAGACAAUGCGUGGAGAGGAACAGGUGUUUGGAAGUGAAACCAGACUGUUUACAAAAAUCCGCAGAGAGUUUCAAACUUGGGCAGCGAUUCUCAUGGAGUGUGCUGCAAUGGUUAAAAAAAAUGUACCCAACAAAGUGUGGAAGUAUGAAGACCGGUAUCGUGGCCAGGAGCUCCCAGGCUUUACCAACUACAGGACGUUUGAGGACAUUAUAAAAGAGCAAAUCGUACAACUGGAGGAGCCAGCCAUUGAGAUAAUGAACACUGUGAUUGGACUGGUUGAAGAGAAAUUUAUGGAACACGCUAAAAAGCAUUUUGCUAAUUUUCACAAUCUAAGCAGAGCUACUAAGACCAGAAUUGAAGACAUUCGAGAGAAACAAGCAGCGGCGGCUGAAAGACAUAUCCGGACCCAGUUUAAAAUGGAGAGAAUUGUAUACUGCCAAGAUGACCUUUACAUUAAUGAUUUAAACUUUGUCAGGGCAGAAAACCCUACCAAAGCUGGCAAUGGGAGAGAGUUGCAGCUUGGAUCCAUUUCAAAUCAAGACCCUUCUUUUGUCCAGGAAAUGGUUUCUCACACGAAAGCCUAUUUCAAUGGAGCAUGUAAACGCCUCGCCAAUCAGAUACCACUUAUCAUCCUGUCUUUUGCCCUUCAUGACUUUGGAGAUAGCUUACAGACCACGAUGUUGCAUCUUUUGCAAGAAAAAGACAACUUAAGCCAUCUCCUUCAGGAGGACAGUGAAGCUGCAAAACAUAGGAGCUACCUCACUCAACGAGUUAGUCGUCUCACCAAAGCCUGCCAGUGCCUGAGAGACUUCAUGUCGCUGUAAUGUCUUAUUUUUUCAGAAGUAUCUUCUAAUUCUGUUUUCAACCAUUAUUGAAGAACUUUGUAAAGCCCCCUAAAAAUUUAAUGUCAGCACAGACCUUUAACCCUUAUUUCGAGUGUUCAGUUCUGCUUUAUUUUCCAUAACUAGUUACAUGCAAACACUUACCCUUAUGUAAAGUGCUCACCUGGGGGACUUGUGGUUAAAUAAAUGUUAUCCCAUUUUUAAACAUUUGCUUUAUGAACUGUGCACAUCAUUGAAAUAAUUAUUUAAAAGCUAGAGCUCUGA